UCAUAGAAUGAUGUGGUAGAUUAACCUAAAUAACGUUUCUGACAGGAAGGACGAGUCUAGUAUUAAGUCGUAGAAUUUAGAGCGGCUGUGAAAGACUAAUGGAUUCAAUAGGUCCACAUUGUGUGGCUAUUUGGUCAAUUCUGACCCCUGCUGCAGGCUCGAUGAAAAUACAACAACAAGACUAACGCCUCGAUCACACCAACAGUAUUGUUGCAUUGUGGUACACCAGAAGCCUCCUUUGCCUUGCAGCAUUGUGUUGCAGAGGCAGUUGCAGUGUGGUUCAUACUUCGGAUUUAUCAAACGUAUGCAUCAAACUGCAUGUCUACAUUGCUUGACAGAAAUUAUGCACACAAAUCCAGAUGAUGCUGCGUACCGUUUGCACAAUAGUACUGUCGGUGUGAUCAAUGCCUAAAACAUGGUAGUUCGUGGAGUGUAUGGAGGGUGGCGCUACUUCUCAAAUCCACCACCCGUUUGCACGGAAAUCUGCGCUUGAAACUCUUCUCUGUGGCGCAUUGCUGGAUGUCUUUCAGCAUCUUCAGAACACAGUAGCUAGCCUGUUAGCUAGUUCUUCAAAAGAUAUGAGCCGCAAAAGAGACCACACUUUUACCGAAACAAGCCUUUCUCCCGACCCUCAAAACGCAUUCAUGGACACUCCGGUGUCUGCAGCGCGACCCGAUGAAGAUGUAUUGGAAUUCGAGCCCGACGAGGAGCUACUCUGCUCGGUGAGCGACGUCACGGAACAUCUUGGGAGAAACAUAACAGUGGUGCUCGAGACUGCGUUGUCCGAAAUCAGGAAAAUGGUCAGCGUCAGGAUACGGGUUCUGAAAAUGGAGCUUCGGGAGAAAACGGACGAAAUCGAAGUCUUAAAAACGAGACUAGAGGUGCAAAUAGACGGUAGGGACCCGUAUCCUGGAGGAAUGACCACCGAGGUUGCAUCUGUAUUCAGGAAAGCAGACUUCCAUUCAGGAAGCAAACACAACAACAACGACCACAAGAAAGCCAAACCAGCCAUGCCUGGUGUGAAGAAAGAAAACAUCAAUGCCAUUUGCGACUAUCUGAUGAAAGAUAAGAAUUCACGGGGUGCUGAAACGGACAGCGACCCGAGCAAUCCUUCUUCUGGUAGCGACAGGGACAGCCGCCACGAUCCCCAGCCGCACUCCCUCAACCAUCUGUGGCCGGACAGUGGCAUUCCUGACGCGGGGCAUGGGGACGGGGAAUCGGACUCGGCCACGGAUGACAUAUUUGACAUGUCACUACCAUCAGGAAGCAAGCGGAUCCACGACUAUGAGUGGAUGACUGGGGUGGAGUACACGUCGGAUUUGAAAGGUAUGAGGGAGCCUAAAUCGGAGAGUGCCAAAACACCAGAUGAGGAAGAUGAUGAAGAGGGUGACGAGUCAAAAGAAGAAAGGAAUGAUGGAUUGGAGCAUCCCCCAGCCCCGCUCUCCCAUGACACAAACAGCCCCGACUUUCCCCUGCACCCCCAGGGCUCUCCAGGAGGGGAGGGGGACAGUUCUUUGGAGGCCCAUGUGGAUCGACUAGAACCGGGUCAGCAGUUUACCUCCCACACAUACCUCUGCCCACUGUGUGGAACCUUCUGCCCCGACUCCUUGUUCCUAGAGGAGCACCUCAAACUGAUACACGGUGACACUACCGGCACCCACUGCGCCCUGCAGUCCACCUCCAUUGCUCCCCUCUCUCUGGGAGAGGGUAGCAGUGACUCCAAGCGGGGGUUGGCGGGGCUUGAAGGAGGGAGCAUUCCGUCUGGAGCUAGGGGGAUGGGCCUAGCAAGAGGAGGAGGAGUCGGGGGAGGAAUAGGGACGAGGGAGAAGAAAGUGGAAGGGGGUUACGAGUGUGGAGAUUGCGGCCGCCAUUUCAACUACCUGGGAAACCUGCGGCAGCACCAGCGCAUUCACACGGGGGAGAAGCCCUUCAUAUGCCCAGAGUGUGGGGAGAAGUUCCGGCACGCUGCACGAUUGAAGAGUCACCGGCUGGGGCACAACGGAGGCCAGAGCCCCUUCCCCUGCCCCCAGUGUGGGAAGGGCUUCCCGGUGCUCUCCGGCUUAAAGAGGCACCAGCGGGUGCAUACGGGGGAGAGCCCCUACGCGUGCCAGCAGUGUGGGCGGCGCUUCAAGGAGCUGGGUAACCUGUACACCCACCAGAGGAUUCACAGUGGUGCCACACCCUACUGCUGCCAGCAGUGUGGGAGGAGCUUCCGCCACCUGGGCACCUACAAGAGCCACCGCUGCACCCCCACACAGUGACAGUGACAUUCUACGCCAUUACCUUAAAGCUAGACUGGCUAACUGCUAAGUCUAGCCUAGCCAUCACAGGAGCCUAUUGAUAUGCUGUUAACUGAGGCAGGAACAUUGUCUGAGUCUAAAGACAAGCCUCAUAUGGACUUAAAGAGGAGGGAGACUUUGCCAUGAUGAAGAAGAGGUCAAAGGGCAUCCUGAUGAAAGCCAUGGCCUCGUUCAAAUAGUACAAAACACAUAAUUCCCUCUUCGGCUCCCUUCCUUGAAGUAAUCACUCAUCUAAUAACAAUAAUAAUACUUUUAAUUUAGAUAGUGCUUUUCAUUACAAACAAGUAUCUCCAAGUUGCUUUGAAAACAAAAACAUAUGUAGGGAUCUGGCAGUUCCUGUUGGAUGGUCUUCCACAGCUUCAGAUGUCUAGGCAGUUCAGAAAGGCAACCGGUAGCAGUAGCUUAAGUGGCAGGAGUGUUCGAUACAGACAGGCAUAGAGAAACAUCAGUCAGAU